AUGUCUACGCCUUCGCCCCCUGGGGCCCCCAAACCGUCACCGCCGGCUAUGAUGCCGGUUACCCCUCUGCCGGACACCCUUUGCGUCCCGCCCCCGCCCCCCAAGACGGCGCAGUCGGCCAAGAGAGCUCGGACUGCAGACGAGGAAGUCCGUCACGCCCACGCCUCCACCGCCUCCCCUGCUGCUUCCGGCCCCCUCACGUCCCUCGCCGGGACCCUCAUCUCUGAAGCUCUCGCCAAAGCGGAGGUCUACCGCUCCUUCGCCGCCUUCCUCGACACCGAACUCGCCCGCCUCUCCGUAGUCUCGCCAGCCCACGCACGUGAAGCUGACCACCUCGCAAGGACUAUCACCACUGCCCUGCAGAAAAGUUCUGCUUCUUCACUGCUCUCGCUUACCCCGGACUCCACCGCCCCAGCAGGCAAGAAGGUUUCUACUUCCUCCGCCCCGACAAGCAAAGGGAAGGGGCCCAUUUCCUUUGCAGAAGCUGCCGCCCGCGGUGCGGAUUCCACUCCCGCCUCCCGCUCUACUUCCCGCUCCCACUCCAGCCCCACCCGUAAGGCUACGCUGCCCCAAAGUGACGGCCGCGUCUUUCUCCGACUAGAUAGGGACUCCCCUUUCGCCAACAACGACGCCUUCGCCAUUCGCAAGGAGGUUCAGUCUCUUCUUCGACUCGCCCCUACUGAUAUCCCUGGCUGCCAUAAGGUCCCCUCUGGCUUUGCCCUCGUGCCCAAAGACGACGCUGUCCGCCAGACCCUCCUGGCCCACAAAGAUGAGAUUGGUGCCCGUUUUGGCUGCGUCCAAGUCGAAGUGCCCAAGAAAUGG